AUGUACAGUUUGUGCUGCAUUCUUGACAAUAACUUUCGCCGUAAUAGCAAUCAGCGGUAUUGCAUGCUGAAUAACAAGCGCUUCCUAGCAUAUCUUCAUAGCCUGAAUAAAAAUUACAAGAGCUAUCACAAUAUCCACAGUCUCCUAAAUCUCAGCCGCAUUCAGCAUUAUUGCAAGCAGUGUCACAAUUUCCGUCUCCUAAUAGACUAG